AUGGGUUCUUCAACCUCAAAGUUGAAAUAUCCUCAUUUAGUAGCGUCAAAUUUUCCAAUUACCAAUGAUGGCGAAACUAUUACUUUGAGUGAUGGUAGAUUAAUGGGAUUUAAAGAAUACAAAUUUUUCCAUAACCUUACCGACAAUACCAUAUCUCUACGUAAUCAAGAAUUUGUGAUUCUUUCGAUACCUGGAAUACCAGGCUCAAGAUUUUUCACGCAUCCUUCAUUAUUAUCAAAAGAAAACGAUGAAAAUAUUAACACUAGUGAAAAUAAUGAUGAAAAUAAAGCGUUGAUAAGAUUAAUCGUAUUAGAAAGACCAGGAUUUGGACUUUCAACAUCUGCCAAAAGAAAUUUUAUUGAUUUUUCUAAUGAUAUAAAAGAAUUUUGUCAACAAAAAAAUAUUAAAAAAUUUUCUUUAAUGGCAUAUUCUGCAGGUGGUCCUUUUGGUUUAGCCGCUGCUUAUUCUCUAGGUAAACAAAAUGAUAAUUUAAAUGGACCUAUAAUUAGUAAACUCGCAAUUAUUAGUUCAGUUGCACCAUAUAAUGCUCCAAAUGCGACAAAUAAAAUGAAUUGGCAACUUAAAUUUGCUUGGUGGUUAGCUAAAAAUAGUCCAAGUUUAUUGUCAAUUAUAGCACAUCUUGAAUCAAAAUCUGCAUUAAGUGAUCCAGUAAAGGCAGCAUCUGAAAUUCUAUUACUUGGUCCACCAGAUGAUAAGGAAGUAUAUGAAAAAUUUCCAGAAAUUGAGGAAUUAUUUAUUAAAAGUAGUUUGGAAAUGUAUACUAGAGGUCAAGUUGAAACAGCAUGUUGGGAAUAUAGUUUAUGGGGAAAGGAUUGGGGAUUUAAUUUGAACGAUAUUGGGAAAGGUAAAGAUGGGAAUAUAGGUGUUAGAUAUAAAGUUUGGCAUGGUGAAGAAGAUUAUGGAUGCACUAUUGAUAUGGGUAAAUAUAUUGCUGAUCAAAUUAAAGGAUGCGAGACUUGUUUUGAUAAAAAGUUAGGACAUAUGGUAUAUUUUACCGCUUGGGAUGAUAUUAUCGACUGGUGUAUUAUGGAUCAAUAA